UUUGUGUCCUGUGUUAGUUCUGUGUAGUCUCCAUGAUCCUUUAAUUAGGAAGGAAAGUCUUACGGCAGAGUAGACCAUAGAGAGCGUUUAAAUGUCAUGUAUUCUUAAAGUAUUGUCUUCCAUAUAUAUUUAAACGCAUGGAGACAAACGGAAGUCGGUCAUUCGUGGGUGUCCGGGCGGGUGUCCCUCUCGGAACUGCCGGUAUAGGUGGGAUGUUUGAUAGUGCACCGUAGAGAUGGCGAUUUCGAAUCAUUCGAAACAAACAAUGUUUCGAAACAUUUCGUAAACUCCGUAUCGAGACCAGAAUUAAGUUUCGGACGUCUUCGGAAAGGAUCGAUCCUGGGUGCCGAAAUUUCCAUCUCUAUAGUGCACUGUAUAUAUUAUUGUUCUGAAUAUCCUAUUAUUUGAAAGGCCUAUUUAUUGUUAUUUAUCGUUAUAUAUUGUUUAAGUCUGCAAGGAAAUACGCAAGCAAGUAUUUCUUUGUAAAUAAAGAUAUAUAGUUACGAUAUCGGAUAUAGAGUUCUGAGCUUACAGAAUUGCAAAAAUUUAAAUGGCGGUCCUAAUGGCAAUUUACAUGUUUCCAUAAAGUCAGUAUACAGUCAUUUAUUGGACUGGACUACGUUCCGAUCAUGCAGGUCCUAGUUCAAAUUGCGCAAACGUUUAUGAAACUUUUCUUUGGGAGCGACCGCACGCAGGACGCUCCGCCCCGCUGGACCCACGGCGGCCCCGGACUUUAGCUUCAUGCUCCCUGCUUUCAGAGACGACACGCAGGGUGCACCGUAGAUGCCACCGGCCGAACAUGUCCACGCAGCCCUGGGACGUGGUGAUCGUGGGCGCCGGGCUGUCAGGGCUGAGCGCCGCCCGGUACCUGCGGGAGAGAGACGCGCGUCUCCGGGUCCUGCUGCUUGAAGGGAAAGGUGUCUGUUGUCAUGGUGUUUCCAGCAGUGGCAGGCUGUGCCAACACAAAUAUCCACCAGCCUGACUCUUGUGGCAAUAAAGACUGAUUCUGACAACCCGUCCUCUUGCAGAUAGGGUGGGGGGGCGAACAGUGACUUUGCAGAUACCAGCUGCCCACGGCGAUGACUCCUGGGAUUUUGGAGGACAGUGGGUGUCCAGCUCACAGACCUCCGUCAUGGAGCUGAUACAGGAGCUGGGGCUGGAGGUUUACCCACAAUCCACCACAGGGAAGAAGGUGUACCACAUGGGAGGCUCGCGUGCACCAGUCCGCACCUACACCAGCAGCAUCCCCUCGCUGCCUCCUCUGGCCCUGCUGGACCUCACUCAGGUCAUGUGGAAGAUUGACAGACUCUUGCAGACAGUUUGCGUGGAGGACCCAGUCUCUGCUCCCAGAGCCCUGGAGUAUGACAGCAUGACUCUGCACUCCUUCAUUGAAAGAAAUGUCUGGACCCAGAGCCUCUUGGCAGUGGUGAAGGAGGCGCUGGAGCUCAGUACCCGCUCUGUGUUCGGGAUGGAGCCGGCACAGAUGUCCUUUCUGUACUUCCUCAUGUACUGUGCUGCGGCAGGGGGGGCCCUGCGCUUGCUGGAGGCCACACCUGGCUCUGCCCAGGAGUUUCGCGUUAAAGGGGGCACUCAACAGCUGUGUGUGAGGCUGGCAGAGCUCAUUGGAUGGGAGAAUGUGCGACUGAGCUGCGCUGUCAAGGCGAUACGGCAGUACCCUGACGGUAUCCAGGUCCACACCAGCUCGGACUCCUUUGACUGCAAAGCCGUCAUCGUGACCUGUCCCCCUCACCUGGCCGCUCAGAUUGAGUAUGACCCUGCCCUGCCCACGGAGAGACAGAGGCUCACGCAGAACAUGCCAGUGGGUCACAUGAUCAAGUUCAUCGUCACCUACUCCACAGCAUUCUGGCGAGUGAAAGGCUUCUCUGGAGAGAUGGUGGUCCAGCCUUCAGAAGAUUGUCCCAUCUGCGUUACGUACGACUGCACCAGCCCCCACGGAAACCCCGCUCUGGUGGGCUUUAUUGCGGGCAAGCAGGCCGCUGAUUGGAGCCAUCGAGCGGUGGAGGACAGGAGGGAGGCGGUGAUCCGAAGCCUGGCUAGAUAUCUGGGGCCAGAGGCUUCUCAUUUCAUUCACUAUGCAGAGAAGGACUGGGCCAAAGAGGAUUACAGUGGAGGGUGUCCAGUCAAUGUCAUGAUGCCUGGGAUGCUGACGUACUACCAGCCCAGCCUUCGUAGGCCAUGUGGCAGGAUCUACUGGGCAGGCACUGAGAGCGCCACCUGCUGGUGCGGAUACAUGAAUGGCGCCAUCCAGUCGGGCCAGCGAGCUGCUCUGGAGGUACUGGAGCGACUGUCACCUCAGCUGCUGUCCCAGGACGAGCUGAUUGAGGCCCGGGCCUCCGCUGCCAGCCCCCCCCGUAGCCGGGGGCUUCCCCCUCCUUGGUGCAGACGUCCUGUUUGUUUUGCCGCGGCUGUAGUAGCUCUGGGAGCUGCCCUCUUACUGGCUCGGCACGGUGGGUGGCACGCAGCGAUUGGCCGGGUCUCCGCCUUCCUGCAGAGUGUUGGCUCGGCUCAGCUCUUGAACGGGUUGAAGAGAUGAAGGCGGCCAAGCUGGCAGUUUCAGAUGUGUGGUAGAAGGUGCCGCAAGGCUCCACUACGGGGCAUAGCUUAGGAGGGGUUCUUAUAGCACCUCUCUGCCCCAAGGUAAAAACAGUGUAAAAUAAUCAUGAGUCUGUAGUUUAGUUUGUCUUGUAAGAAGGAAAGAGCAAAGGAAAGCACCACUGGGCAGAUUGUUCGUGCUCUUAUAUAAAUAAAGCUCUUAUAACCUUUGA